AUGACGGAGGGCGACGAGAAACACGUUCAGGUCUCAUUCUUCACAAAUGACACCCAAAUUCCCGAAAUUCCUGACUCCGUUUUCGACGUGCCUAUAUCAGUGGAAUGCGAUGAUUUGAAUUUGUUGAUCAACAAAACAAUUGAAGCUGUUAAUGACAAAUGGUCUGAUCGCAAGUUCGAAUUCCUUGUUGGUGAAACAUUUCUUCGAACAAGUCUUGCCGAAUUCAUUGAAGAAUAUGAAAUUGAGACGGAAACUGUUCUCAAAGUUGAAUGUGUGAUUGGAGUAGAAGCCCCGAAACCGCUUCAUGAUAUUCAGGCUCCUGAUUGGGUAUCUUCUGUGAUUGUUGCAAAUAAUCACAUUUUCUCGACAACGUACAGCGGCGAUAUUGUAAUUGCUGACAGAAAAGGAAAAGAGACGAAAUUAUCGGUAAACUGGGAAAACAAGAUUCUAAAGUGUUCGGCAAUGGUGAAAAAAGGCAAAGAUCUAAAUGGAACACAGUUGAUUGUUGGUGGCGAAAGUCAGCAACUCACGAUGUACACGAUUGAGAAAGGAACAUUAGCUGAAAAGUUCAUAUUCCGAGGACACGAGCGCGCCGUAGAAUGUGUUGCCGUGAAUUUUGAUUCAACGCGAGCGAUUUCAGGUUCGGUGGACACCAAUAUUAAAGUUUGGAGUUUAGAAGAAUCGGACAACACUGUGUACGAGAAGACAAACGAAGAUGAGGUCAAAUCGAAGAAAAGGAAACGAGAAGCUAUCACAAAAGUGCCAAUGGUGACGAUUGGUGGACAUCGCGAUGUAGUAACAGCGAUUCAGUGGUGUCCCUGGAAGAACUCACAUGCAUUUUCGUCUUCCUGGGAUCAUUCGAUUGUGGAAUGGGAUCUUGAGCUUGCUGGAGAAGUAUCCCGAACGAAGGGUCCGAAAUCGUUCACAAGUGUCGAUUUACAUCCUGUCAGUGGAAUGAUGAUUGCGAGUUGCACUGAUGCCACUCCGCGACUGUACGAUCCCAAAUCUCGAGACGGGACCCUUGUUAAGCAGUCGUAUAUCGGGCACACUGAAGGAUGGGUGGAAGCUGUAAAAUGGAAUCCAGCUGAUGCCAAUCAGUUUGUUAGUGUUUCGACAGAUAAAACGGCCAAAAUGUGGGAUAUUCGAUCAGCGAAAAGCUCACUUUUCGAUAUUCACGGACACGAGGAAAGAAUUUUGUGUGUGGAUUGGAAUGAUCGACUGAUUGCUAGCGGAUCCGCCGAUUGUACGAUCAAAGUUUUUGAGACUGCUUAG